GUUGGUUGGAGCUACUUGCUGUAGCUGGGAGCUAACAGAUGGUGAUUACCGUUGACAACUUUCCCCUUUCUGGGCAUUUCUCCGUGGACGACUGGGGGCUGCCCGGAUUAUAUUUUAGUUAGAAUUUAUGAGCUCCUCUUCAACAUUGUACUGAAGGAAGAUGGACGAUGACCUGGAGAGCUUUCUUGCCGAGCAGAAGGCUAAAGUGGCUGAGGAGAGGGCCAUUUUGGCUCAGGAUCCACCCUAUCUGGAGAUCAGGCAGACAAAGGCCUGCAAUGCCUACAACUCUGCCAUAAAGGAGAACAUCCCUCCCUCCAAGUGGUCCGCAGUCCAGAGACUUCACAACAGCCAAGAGGAGAGCAGCCUGAGUUUACAGCUGGGAGAGGACUAUGAGAGGAAGAAGCACCGGCUGCAGCAGGAGCUGCGUUUGGACUACAGGCGCUACAUGGCCCAGGGCCUCUCCUCCAAAGGUCCCUCAGACCCUCUCGAAAUUCAGCCCAACCCUCGACCCCCCACCAUCAGAGAACAGCCCCUCUCCAGGAAAGACGCUGCCACUCUGACGGAGCCUGGGCCAGCGGUGCCCAGGGGGCGGAGACAUCAGGAGGGGAGGAGCCGCCUGACAGAGGGGGAGCUGGACCAAUGGGAGAGGCCCAGAGGCACGAAGGCGGAGCUCGGCUUGGGGCGGGACUGUUCGGACUGCGAGGAGGAGGAGGAGCUUGCCGUCCUGGACAGGAGAGCGCCCAGAGGAAGCCAGGAGGCGGGGCACGGGGACCGCAGAGGGCGGCGCUACAGAGCUGACAGAGAUGGGCCGAGACUCAGGGAGAGGGGCCUCAAUGACUUUGAAGAUUUCCCAGAAAUGUUCCGUUAUCUACAGAGAUUGAGAAAUGAGAACAGGCUUUUGAGGGAGCGGAGAGGGGCAGAGCUUCCUGCGGUGUGUGACGAUGACCGUAGGGAGGGGAGCCGGGGGACCCUGUCCACAACCCCAAAACCCAGGCUGCAAGAGGCGGGACCCGGGAGGCCCAAUGAGAAGUCCCGGUCCACUGUCAGGAAGAAUGAGGUGGAGUUCGCUACCGGGCUGAUGAUUGGCGCUGCAGACGCAGACGCUGUUGCGCAGAGGAGGAAAGAGCUGUACAGACAGGAGCUGCAGGAGCAGAUGGCUGAACAGCAAAGAAACAGGAAGAGGGAGAAAGAACUGGAGCUUAAAGUUGCCGUCACAGGAGCCUUUGUCCCAGAAAAGCCGCCUGACCGUAUCAGGCAGUUCGGUCCAAUGGGGCGCAACUCCUCCCAAAUCGGGCGUGGCCUAGAUGCCCCCGGGGGGGUAGACUUGGGGGGAGCGCCUCAUGAUGAGAGACUGCCCCCUGAACGGCCACGUGUGGCCUUCCAGUCCCCUCUCCUGGACUAUGGUGCCGCCCUGGGGGUGCUUGAUGGUAGUGCGACCAGCGGGGUCACUCCUGUGCAUGAAGACUACCACAGAGGCCCGUCCAGCAACCUGGGAGACAUCAGUGCCACCAGACUUCCAGGUGUCCCUCAUCCCCCACCGUCCACCCUGAGUGAUAUGUACAGGACUCCGUAUGACGAGGCGUAUUUCUACUACGGAGCUCGAGACCCGCUGGACCCCAGCUUGGCCCAUUACGGAUCUGGGACAGUGGCUCCGCCCACAGCCUUAAACCUGCCGUCCGGAGCGCCAUCGCUGGCCCCGUCCGUCCGGCUGGGGCCCCACCCACCGUUCUCCAAUCAGAGGGACGCCGGCCCUUUAAGGCCGCGGGUUGGCGUGUUUCCACCAGGGAAGGAUGAGACGCAGGCCAAAGAGAGCCUGCGGAGCUACCAGGAAGCGCUGAAGCAGCAGAUUCGGGAGCAGCAGGAGCGCAGGAGGAGGGAGAAGGAGGAGAGCGAGCGCUAUGAGGCGCGGCUGGAGGCGGAGCUGAAGACCUACGACCCCUGGGGGCGGGGCGGGGGCGGGGCCCCACUCAGAGACGGCCAAGGCAACCUCAUCAGUGAUCUGAACCAAAUGCACAAAACUAACGAGGAGGCCUACCUGAACCCACCGUCCCGGGACAAGAGGGAGUCAGGGUCCGGUGACCAGAAAGAGCCUUCCCCCAAAACGGGAGAAAGGCCCCCCUCCUCUGUCAGAGUCUCAGGUUUUACAUAUGGACAGACCUCCCCUUUUGCUCGAGGCAGCGUGUUUACAGACACUCCAACACCACAGCAGCUUCAGCAGCAAGACAAGUACAAGGACUACCUCAAACAACAGAUUGAGGAGAAGCGGCGCAGGGAGGCGGAGGAGCGUGAGCGUCUGCGGCAGGAGGAGGAGAAGGAGGAGAGGAAGCUGGCGGAGCAGAGGGCCCGGAUCGUGCGCGAGUACGAGGAGGAGCAGGAGAAGAGGAGGCGCAAGGAGAUGGAGCAAAAAGCCAAAAACGAGGAGCUGGUGCGCCUGGCGGAGGAGCGGAGGAAGGAGGCCGAGCGGAAGAAGAAGGAGCAGGAGGAGAAGGAGAGGGAGGCGCGGAGGAGGGAGUACGAGCAGGAGCGGCAGGCGCGGCUGCAGGAGGUGGUCAGAGUACCCUCCCCACCAAUCCCGACACUGCAGAAGAGGUGGAGCUCCCAGUACACGCCCCGCCCCCCCUCCGUGGACAGCAGGCACUCCACUGUCACCCUGUCUGAGCGCUGUUUGUCAGGCUCACAGUCUCCACCCGUACCGGCCAGAAGAAACCAGCUCAGAGCUGCAGCUGAGCAGCAGGGUGUGAUCAGCGAGCUGUCGGCUCUGCGCAGACAGCUGCGCAGUGAGCAGAGACGGCUGGGGGAGCAGCUGCAGAUGCAGGCGGAGCGGGACGGGCUGGACACGCCCCUCAGCGAGAGGUGCAGGGAGCGCCCCCAGGUGGAUGUUUUCGACAUGGCCAGACUGCGCAUUCAGGCCCCUGUCCGGAGACCCACGUCUAAAACCUCAGAGCCAAUCAGUGUUCAGAGCAGCUUUGACUUCAAACCGCUCGGAUACAGAGACAGGGACGCUACAGAGGACGGCGGGCAGACUUUGUACCCAGAACCCCCUGGUGAGGGGGGAGGGGCCAUGCAGCAGAGGCGGGCUGGCAGCCUGAGGAGGGGCGGAGCUAGCGGUCAGAAUCCCCUCCCUCUUCCACCCCUGGAGCGCUCGACAGAUUAUUUUGACCUUUCACCUCGGCUGCACCACUCGCGUCACACGAGGAAGUGCUCAGAGGACGGGUCUCUCAGAGGAUCCCUGCUGGAGUCAGAAAGUGCUUUUAUCGAUCCGAACGGAGAGGCGUUCCCCGUGUCCCCGGAGCCAGAACUCCGCUCCCGCCAGCUCUCUGCCCGAGAGAGGAGGAGGAUGAAGAGGAUGGAGGCUCACAGUGUGAGAGACAGAGUUUCUCCUCCCCUGGACAGGGGGAGUGAGAGAGGGGAGCGACCUCUAGUGGGUCUCCAACCCAAGCAGGUCAAAGGUCAUCAGGGUCGUAGAGGGGAGGAGACUGAGGAUCCCAGCUGUGGUGACUGGAGAACUGCUGAAGAGCACCUCCCUGGCUCUCAGCCGACCCCCCACAGACAGAUCUCCACGGAAAUCAGCGGCACGGAGACCUGGACAAGGCCCGACACCUCCGAGGCCCUGAAGCACCUCAGGGCCGACCCCGCCCAGUCCGACAGGCCAUCCAGUAGGGAGUCUCUGGUGCACGGAUGGGACGGGCCCUCUACCUAUCACGGCUGAACCCCGUCUGUCCCCUGGCCCUUGGCCAAUGAGCUCACACUCCGCACUUUGUCCGUCCAAUCAGGAUAUUAUCCCCGUGAAAGCGCUGACCUCGGAUGCAGCCUCAGCUUGUUUAGCCCUGUGGGUGCAGCUGGAUUUAAGGCUGAGAUGACUGAUCCUGGAUCAGUUGGUAAGGAGAGGCAGACAGUGCCUGGACUUGAUCCUGUAUCUGUGUGUGAGGUGUGUGUCCUGGGUCCUGGUCUACUACAACGUAUGCUUUCAGCAAAUCCAUCUUUUCAACUUUGUUACACCAUCCAACUAUUUAACACGUGUAUCCAAAUGUAUUAAUAUAUUCUACCUCUGAUUUAUUGUUAAAAACUUAAAAAUAUAAGAAUGGGCCUUGGUUGUUUUCUGAAGAGUAUUUUAUGCGAUCCAGCAAUCAAAAAAUAAAUGGAGAGCAAAUUCAAGGGGAAAAACUUGACAAAUGGAAGGUUGGACAAUUAAAAAUGUUUGGGACCCCUGCCAAAGAAUAGGGUUGAGCUGCGAAUUAAGUCAGGGUUUAACAUACAGGGUGAUGGAAAAUGUAGUCCAGCGCUUUCAGGCCCUGUCUUCAGGCUGUGCUGGAUUAAUGAUCGUUACAUCAUGUGGAUGGGCUGGUGUGGUAGACAGUGAAUGGGAUGGGCCAUCCAGACCAUUUUAAAAGCUGUGGAAAUUACAGAAAAUAAAAGCAAAGCAAAGCCAUACUUGGUGUGAAAGUAUUACCCUGCCUGUAACCACGGGGGUAGGCCAGCCCAUCCACCCUGAGCUGAAUGCUGUUUUAAUGUUUGUUCAGCUUUGCUUGUUGAGCUCACAGUAGCGUAAAGCACUCCUAAACCUAUGUGUGAAGUGUUUUUCCUUUGGAAAGUAGCACAGGAGGGUGUAUGCAGCAGGCAGUGUUCCCGUUUUCUUAACGUCAUCACCUGAAGAUGUAAUAUUUUGAUAUGCAGUGUAGAUAUUUUACCUUGAUGUGACUUUUUUUUUGUUGUGGUUUUUGCUUUGGAAAUGGUAUUUAAUAAAUUCUAUUUUUUAAAGAAA